AUGAGUUCCUCAGACAUCUCGGUAAUCUCGAAACAGAUGGAAUCAAUUUCGAUGACGACACACCGUGUUCUCCGUCGUAAAAAGAAACUUCCUCCAGCUAGAUAUUCUCCUUACAACGACACCAACACCACAUGCACUGCUUCAACCAAGGAGAAGCAGAAAGAGGAGGUUGUGCGACUAGGAGUUGAGCUCUCGAUCUUUGUAGCUGAAACACUGUUCGUAUUAUCUGAUGACAUACGAUAUAUGUUAGCGUUCUGUUGUUUCGUAUUCAAGUAUGCAGGGAACAGAUCUUUCAACGGUCCGGUGAUCGGAAGGGUGUUUCGAGUUAUGGAAUAUGUGAUUGAAACAUAUAUCAAACCCAAGAAUGGACUUGGAGUCUAUCAUCAGGAUGGUACCAAACUGCCGCCAUGGGAACAGUACCCCCAUGUUUCUUUUGGAACGAGAGGUUUGGAUCGCAUUGUUUCGAUUCUUAAAAAAGGUGGCGUUGUGGAAUCAUCUAUUUUGGUAAACUAUAAGCAACAGCUGAAGAAGAGUGAAGCGAAGUUGAGGUCUGUCAAGGAUGUUUCAGAGGCGAAUGGGUUUGCGAGGGAAGCGAUAGAGUCCCACAUUGUACAUUUGUGGAAGUCUCUCUUUGAAACAGCACCUGAAGUGAUAAGUACGACAAGAUUUCUUGACUUGUUUGGGCUUGUCUUCAACGAAGGAAAACAGAUUGAUUGCUGUCGCCGUCUUUCUUCUUUAGGCAUAUGA